AUGUAAUAGAAGCUAGAAAAAUAAGAAAUCACCAGAGGUUAAUCCUUUACUUUUGAAAAUGAAGGACAAAAUAUUUAUUAUUAUUCAGUCGCAAGACCUUUACCAAAUAACAUUAUUGAUGACCUAAUCAUUUGUUCAAAAAUUAAAAAGCUUUUACUAUGUUAAUUACCUAAAGUUUGGUUUAUAAUGGCUAGUACAACUGCUUAUCUAGUUGUUGAAAAGCAUUAAAAGUUUGUGACUUCUAAUUUUAUUUUAGACAUCUUUAUAUAUAGUUGGUUAUCUAAUGAAUUAUAAAACUUAGAAUAAGAGUUAUUAAAUAGAAUGAAUAGACUAAAAGUUGAAAUUUAAAAACUUCAUCGAUUAAUUGAUAUAUUUUCUUAUGAGAUAAUUUUUAUAGAAAAAGAAAUGUCUCACUCUAACACUAUACAAUCAUAAUUGCUAUAUUAUAAGAAUUGCAUAUAGCCAUUAAUUGUAUUUCGAGAAAAAGGAAUAAGUGACAAUAAAUCACUUAUUAAACGAAUUGAUGAAUUAAAUAUUGAUGACGAUAGCAAGGAUUCAACAUUAUCAUCUUCAUAAAUAUCUCAGAAUUCUUCUAAAAAAGAAGUUGAUAGAAGCAAAACUGAUAUAAAAGAAAUAGCAUCAAUAGUUCAAAAUACUAAAAUGAGAAAGUUUUCUAAGUAAAUGGAAAAAAUGAGCGAAAAUUUAUUUUCAGAUUUAAUAAAAUUUAAUGUUGAAAAUUAAUAAUGGCAAAUUGCACGAUAAUUUGUUGUAAUUAUUAUUGAAACAACAGUCAAGUCAGAUUGCGAUAUGAAAACAAUUGAAAAGGUAAGAUUUAUUGAACCUGCUUAGCUUUUUUACAAAAAGGCUUUAUAAGUAUGGAUAUUAACUAACUAAACUCAAUUUGAUAAAAAUUAAAAGUCUCAUUUAAGAAAUUGUAAAGUAUUAAUCUUCUUUAAUAUAGAUAUCAUUUGGUUCAUAUUUAUGUAAAAUAAAAUGUUAUCUUGGUCAAUUUUGGAAAGAGGAAUUGAUUAUUCCUCUACACAAAGUUUUUUAGUUAGCAGAGUAAAUUUAUCCUAAAGUCUAGAAUGAGCCAAGUCUUAUCGAGGUAAUAGUUCUUUUGAAAAUAGUAAAUUACUACUUUUACAAUUCUUUUCAAAGAAAAAAUUUUAGAACUAUGGGAAUAAAAUUUGUCUCUAUUCAAAUAAUUGAUGUUAAAUUGA